CAUUUUUCAUCAUCGAGUAGACAACCCUACGACUAAAAUAGGAAGAACGUAUCAACGUAUUGUACGGGCCUACCGAUCAUGCGUUAUAAAUGAUAGGGGAUGAAGGAUUACGAAGCGCUGGCAUGUUCUUUGUUUUUUUACGCAUAGCCUACCAUGGCGAUUUAUUUGUCAUCACGCUCUGCGCGGUGGCGAUGCGAUCCUAGUGGGCUGAUGACCCACGGCACAGAAGAUCUACGGCGUUGACGUUUUACUCCGCUUUUUCUUGUUAUUAUUAUAAUUUCAGAGCACGGACGCCAGAUGAAUCUGACUCGGUGAAAGAUGUAUCAACAUGCUGAUAGACAAGGAAAGACAUCUCCAUUUGUCCGCAUUGCUGUCUACGGCCAGUUUCUUAUGAUAUUCACCAUCCCCCCUCUUCAACUGGUCACCGCCUUCCCGGACCCUACAAUAGUAGAGCAGUUUUGCAGAGAUCCUGGUGUUCCAGGGCAUGGAAGCAGAACACCAGGUUCUGGGGUCUUCUUUGAGGAUGCAGUUGCCAGAUUCUCUUGUGCUGAGGGAUACAGACUAAAAGGAGCAGCAAAGAUCACCUGUACACGUUUCCAUAAUGGAUCAGUGGGAUGGAGACCAAGCCUUAAACCAGUGUGCCUUCCAGACGAUUGUCUUCCUCCCUACAUUGAGGAUGCUGAUGUUGCGAAUAAGACCUACAGACCUGGGGAUAACCUUGUUCUAAGCUGUCAUGAGGGAUUUCAGAUCCGAUAUCCUGACAUGGAUAACAUGGAGUCAGUGUGCCAAGAGGAUGGAACAUGGGACAAUCAACCCAUGUGUCAAGGCUGCCUGCGGCCCCUGCUUCCUCUGCAUAGUUACAUGAACAUCUCUGAGAUGGAGUUCUCUGUGCCAGUUGGAACAGUGGUGCACUACCAGUGUUUCCCUGGUUACAAGCUGGAGGGCUCAGAAUUACUGGAAUGCAUGUAUAACCUCAUCUGGUCAGACGUGCCACCCCGGUGCCUUGAUGUCGAAGCAUGUCCCUUACCUCCAAUGGUAGAGCAUGGCGAUUACAUGUGCCAUCCAGAGCCGUGUAACCGCUAUAUCCAUGGAACCGUGGUAGAGUUCUACUGUGAUCCUGGCUAUUCGCUAGCCAAUGAUUACAAAUAUAUCACCUGUCUUUAUGGACAGUGGUUUCCUCAGAUGCAAAUAUACUGCAUUCACGAUGACACCAGCUGGCCAGGCUUUCAGGAGUCCUUAGUGACAACAUGGAAAGUGGUGGCAUUCACUGCUUCCAGUGUGCUGCUAGCCCUGCUCCUAGUGAUCAUGGCAAAGGUGUUCCAUUUCAAAUGCAAACUCCGCCACAGUUCAAGUGAAGAGCAAGAGGAAUCCAGGGGCCCCAACGUCAUAGUAGUGGAUGGCGUUGCUGUACCCCUCCCGUCCUAUGAGGAGGCAGUCAGUGGUCCAAAUUACCAGCCACCACAUAUGCCGUCCCCUGCUGGUCCAGGUAGCGGCCAGCACUCGGACGAGCAAGACCCCCCUUCGUAUCCGGGGCAUGCAGAAAGUCCAAGCGAUGCUCUGUUGGACAGCGGGGAGGGUGAUUCAUGUGACAACAUCUCAGAGACAUCAGAGUAUCUACAAGCAACACAUCCAUCGUCAUCACAUGCUGUGGGGCUGAACAACGUGUCUGAGAAGACCAAUGUGGUCACCUCCAUGGAGGAGACUGCCUCCACAAGUCCCAGCGUAGAUAUAGCAGAUGAAAUUCCUCUUGUGGAGGACGGUGAAGAGGACUGCUGACACUGUAGAUAUCUACCAUGACAUUUGGAUUUUCUUACUGCUGUAUUUAAGCAUUUUAGCACUCCACACUGUCAUCACUUGAUUAACAUAGGCCUGUUUAUUUCUCUUACUGAAUGGCUGAUCUUAAAAACGCACAUUACAUUAGCAGGACAAGUACAGGCAAUAAGAGUCAUAUUUGUAAUUUCUCAUGCUUGGACCAUGGGAAAAGCUAUGCAUUAAUUGUUGAACAAAUUGUUUCAGUGUAAAUCAUAUAUUAUUUCUCAAAAAUACAGCAGUUACCAAAGGGGAAAUGAAAAAUGGCCUCUAGACAUUAAACUGAAUUAUGUGUUUUACUGGUUAACUUUAUUAAGCUACGCUAGGCUUCAAAUCUAUACAACAGUAGAUACAUUGAAAUACAAUGCUAUUAAAUCACAAUGAAAAUAUCUGAACUUGUUCUAAUACAGAAAACCGAGAAUGCAAAGUUUUUAUUAAAUGACACUUAUAAAUAUGUCAUUAUAAUUAAGUGUUAUCUGAUUAUCAAAUUUCACAAGUGUGUUUGCUGCUAACAAUUCCAGGAAUUAUCAUAAUUAAAUACAGGCUUUUGUAAA